AUGGCCGCCAGCAUGCAGGCGUCGCCGGCGCCACCCCAGAACGUCCAGCGCGGCAACUAUCUCUGGGUUUGCCAUGACCACUCACCACGCGGCGAAGAUGAAUUGAAAAUGAAGCGCGGCGAUGUGAUCCUGCUGGAGGAAAUGGAUGAAGAAUUUCAAGAUGGAUGGUGGCUGGGUGAACAUCCCGGAACCGGCCAAAAGGGUCUUUUCCCAGCAGGCUUCACCAGGAAAGCGCACGCCCACGAGAUUCCCAUUAGCCAUGCACUUCCCAGUUAUUUGACCAACCUCAAAACCGACCCCGCACCCCAGGCGAUAAUCGCCUCCGAAAAGACCGAGUCGCCAUCGCAGAUGGAACCCACCACACCCGUUGAAUCGUCAUUUGCAUCGGCCGGCAGCGAGCAGACAACUCCCCAGGCAUCGCGCCACACGAGCACGUCGGAUGUGCAAGCCCAAAUCGGUUCACCAUCAUCACAGCACCGGUCUGCCUCGUCGCCAUUGCCGCGCUCAAGCCUCGCAGCGGAUAUCCAGCAGACCUUCCGCCGCUCCAUCGAUAGCCAUGCCAAUGGGGAAGAAAGCCCAGUGAUGAAUGAGACCUUGAGCGUCAUUGAUGAGCACAUCACUGAUAUGAAUACGCCUCGCCACAGCGUAUCCACCCAAGAAGCAAAGACAAUCAAUGAUUCAGGCAGUGAAUAUAGCAGCCAUAUCAGCCAUCGCUUGUCUUACAUCAAUGGCCAUGAGACUGACGAGGAAGAAAGCACGUCAUUGAAUGAAUCUGAGGUGCGACGAUGGAACCAAAUCGAGACGGCCAGACAUAUGCGUAGUCUUGGCGUCGAUUCCGCGCACUGUGACAUUUUCGAAGAGCAGGAAAUCACCGGCGAUGUUCUGCUCGACAUGGAUCAGGAUUUCAUUUUCAUGAAGGAGUUCGACUUUGGCGUGAUGGGUAAGCGACUCAAGACAUGGCACAAGGUGAAGGCCUUCCAGGAAGAAGUGAAAGGCAUCAAGCCACAGCAGCAGCAGACGCCUGUACGGGGAUCCAUCGCCAGCUUCGCUGGCCCUACUGAAGAACGAUCCUUAUCUCGGGCGGGUCACACCGGGCCUUUCCUACCUCGCAUUCCCACUGUGUCCGAAAAGACGGGCGCGGGCUAUACACCUCGAAUCUCUGCUGUGCCUGGCCAACACCCUAGACUCGCUAGCAAUAAUAGCUCCCCGAUGACGCCGAAUACUCCCCCAUUCAGUCACGAUUCCCCGAGACGAGUCUCCGCUGCCUCGAUUCGCGAGUUUAAUCAUUCGCGGCGGCACUCGUCUAUUGACACUACUCACCGCGGUCUGCCUGAUUCAUCUCUCAAUGGUAUUCACCAGAAAAAGCCAUCUUUCGACCGGGCCUGGACUCUUAACAGCGGGAUCCAACCUCUUCCAAUGCGCCCGGGAACUUCUUUGGGCACCACAUCGGAGGGUCUUCGUGGUUAUCGCGGACCGCAGGCCUCGGAGUCAGAGCCUAAUACUCCUGAGCAGCAUGACGACCUUGAUCGAGGCUACUUCUCUGGAACUGAGGUGGAUUCCCGCCGACCCCGUCGCGUUCUACAGAAACGGACGACUUCCAUCGGUGAUGGUAGUAUUGCCCAUUCGCGGAAGUCCAGCUACGCCGAAGAUGCUCACAGAGUCAACUCGGCUGGCAAGCGCCAGUCUCGUAUCGGCAGCGUUGACUCCAUGCGUGAUGCCAUCACUCAUGUCUCGCCCGCUGCCCAAGUUUACCACGGGACCCCACCUAAGAAUCGUUUUAGGAGUAUGAGUACGCGCGUUUCCCAACGCAGCGGGAAUGACUCGCAAUCCUCCAAUCCCGAAGGCAAACCUGGUUUCUUCGCCAGCUUUGGGCCACUGAUAAGGACUAAAGGCGAUUCCGAGAAUUCGGCUCGCUCAUCACCCCUGCACUUCCAGCUGCCUAAGAUGGGUGGUGCGGGAUCCAAGGUCCGCCGCGCGGUUGGUCUUCGUGCCAUUUCUGACGUGGUCGGCAAGGGCAGCAACGACAAUUCUGCCCCUGUAUCACCGCGGGAUUAUGACCCGAUGUCCGCUCGCACUGGCUCCACCACGCCCUCGGCAACGUCCAAGAGCUCGGAGCGCCAUAGCACCGAUGGAUCGGGCAAGGCCACUGAAGCGCCUGGGUUCAUGAUCCGCCCCCGAACGGUCAAGUCCAAGAAGGACACGAGCGCCUAUACUCGAGGCCUAGAGAAGAAACCGCCUAAGGAGCAAAUUGAUGGCUGUGAAUACAGUGGAUGGAUGAAGAAACGAUCAUCGAAUCUGAUGACCACCUGGAAGCCUCGUUUGUUUGUGCUACGGGGUCGUCGCUUGUCCUACUAUUAUGCUGAGGAUGACACUGAAGAACGAGGCUUGAUCGACAUUACUGCUCAUCGUGUACUACGGGCGGACAACGACCCAAUCAUCGCUUUGCAUGCAACCGUCACCGGUGCUACCGCUUUGCCUGCCAAUGCCAACACGACCGAGAACGCAGGAAACCUCAAACUCACCACACCUGCUGUGCUUUCCUCGCUCACCAGCAAAGACAACAGUGGACCAUUCUUCUUCAAGUUGGUCCCGCCGAAGAUGAACAAUUCGCGCACGGUCCAGUUUACCAAGCCGACCACCCACUAUUUCCAAGUCGACAACGUCAAAGAGGGUCGCCUUUGGAUGGCCGCCCUGAUGAAAGCAACCAUUGAGCGGGACCCACUUCAGGUUGUCGAGACAACGAACAAGCAGAAGACGAUCAGCCUCAAGCAGGCUCGCCUGAUGAAUCAGCGACCUCCCGCGCUGAUGAACCUUCCCGCCAGCGCUGGUCCCGAGCGGCUGAUUGAGGAAGAGGAAGACGAUCAUGGGCUGCGGAUCGAUGGUCUAAAUCUAACCAAAGCAGCUUCCUCGGAGGGCAACUCCUUUGUGGAUGCUAAGGUUGAUCUCCACGAAAAUGAGCCAGAGAGCGCUCCAGCCACCACCAACCACAAUGUGUCAAAUCCUCUCGGCGAGAUUGAUGUCGGACACCCCUCUCUCCUUCCAGACCCGCUGGCUAAGAGCGAAUCUAAGUAA